GCUAAGAAUGCUGUUGCUGGCAGCAUUGCCCGAUCUGCCUGCCCUAGGGUCGACCACGAAUGUCCCUUUACAGUUUACUAUUAGAUUCACCAUCAGGAAGGCAGACGAGCAAAAGCCUCAGGAGGAGGGCGGCAUUUCCUUGGUCCGUAGGUAUGGCUCUCACUGGGGCAGCCAUGGAGGACGGAGCUCUCCCGAUGCUCAUUGCUCCGCCCGCCCUCUCGACUGCCCCGCUGGAGGUGCCCCAUCGCCUGCUGAUGGGCCCCGGCCCUUCCAACGUGCCGGCCAGAGUGCUGGCGGCCGCGGGCCUACCGCUUUUGGGACACAUGCACCCGCAGUACCUCAAGAUCAUGGACGAGUGCCAGGCCUGGCUGCGCUACGCCUUCCAGACGACCAACGAGCUCACGCUCGCAGUCAGCGGCUCAGGCCACGCCGCAAUGGAGGCCGGCAUCGCCAACCUCGUGGAAGCGGGGGACCCCGUUCUAGUUGCCGAGAACGGGCUCUGGGGGGAGCGCGUGUCCGACAUUGCGGACCGCUAUGGGGCGGAAGUGAAGACGACGAAGGUGGCGGGGGGGGAGGUAUUCACACUGGGGCAGAUUGAGGAGGAGCUGCGCAGGCACCGGCCGAAGCUGCUGUUCCUGUGCCACGGGGACUCGUCGACAGGGGCGCUGCAGCCCUUGGUGGGCAUGGGGGAGCUGUGCCACAAGUACGGGUGUCUGCUCUUUGUCGACUGCAUCACCACGAUCGGGGGGGUGCCCGUCUUCAUCGACAAAUGGGGCAUCGACGUUGCAUACACUGGCGCACAAAAGGUGUUGAACGUGCCCCCUGGUGCGAGCCCCAUCACGUUCAGCCCGCGGGCUGUCCAGAGGAUUGCAUCGCGGCACUCCAAAGUCGGGAGCUUCUACUUGGACAUGACCCUAGUGGGCCGCUACUGGGGUGUAGGGGGCCCGCGGAUCUACCAUCACACGGGGCUGAUCAGCAACGUGUACGUGUUGCGGGAGGGCCUCGCCCUGUUGGCUGAGGAGGGCUUGGAGGCGGCCUGGGCGCGGCACCGCCAGAGCGUCGACACGUUGCACGCGGGGCUGGAGCGCAUGGGCCUGCAGCUCUUCGUUAAAGAAAAGGCCCACCGACUGCCCACCGUGUCGACGGUCUGCGUGCCGGCCGGGGUCAAGUGGGACGCCGUUUCCAAGUUUAUCAUGGAGAAAUACUCGAUGGAGAUUGCGGGCGGGCUAGGCCCGACGGCCGGCAAGGUGUGGCGGAUCGGCCUCAUGGGGGCCAACGCCAAUCCCGCCAACGUCACACUCGUCCUGGCCGCCAUGGAGGACGCAUUGCGCCACGUGGGCUUCCUGAGACGGUCUGCGUUGUGAGACUUGCGGAUGUACCAAAAGUCUAUAAAGGAUGGACUAUUGUCCACGGUUUUAGAUAGCGAUGGGAAAUGUGAGCCCCUCAGCAGGUGCUCGUAAAAGUCAUUGGUUGUGGGCAGCACGUAUUGAUUUGGGACGCCGUAUUGGCGUCCCUGAGUUGGCCGAAAUGAAAGGUCCAGGGCGACAGGAAGCGGCCCUGGAUGGGUCUGAGCUUGUCGGAUUUGAUCGUUUUGUGUAAGGAACAAACCUUAGUUUAGGCGUAUUUGAGACGCCUUCAUUCUGCGGAUGGAGGCGACUGCCAGCCAGACGGUCAGUAGAAAAAUGAGUGACCCACGGACCAUUAGCCCGGCACUGAUUGAAAACAAGUCAACGCCAACCAUGAAAACCAUUUGUGACACUGAUUGCAGUUAUGAAAAUGACUUGGUGAAAAUAAUAUGUCGUUAGGUAGCUUCAAUAUUUCUUAUAAGCAGCAAGGUGAUAUGCAUUACGAUUAAUGCAAGUGCGCCGCAUUUAUAC